UCUCAACUCAGGCUUUGAAGUUUACAUCUUCUUCCUACUUCUAAUAUUCCUCUGAGGUCCUUAACACUAUCUGGCUGCUGAGAAAAUGUUUCUGAGACGAGCUGCGGCUGCUUUGCACAGGAGAAUCCCUUUUCCUUCCCAAACUGUCGCUGCUUCUCGCUAUGCAAAAAUCGCCAAUGCGUCCUCCGCUUCGCUCUCAAUGUUGCUUUCAGGUAAAAUGGAACACUUGAAUCAAUAUGGUUCUGAAGGUUAUACUUGGAGGGGACAUCACAAGGAUAUUUGGCUAUGGAUUUUUAUCUCUGGACAUGCUGCAUUAGUUCUUGGGCUAAAUGGCCAACCUGUGUUAGCAGAAGAUGUUUCAAUUGAAUCGAGUUCUGAAAAUGACAUUGGAGGGGCUAAUGCAACUGGCUUACGCAGAAUUGAGGAUGGGUCUGUGAUAUCAAAUAUGCAUACAUCUAAGUGGAGAAUUUUUACGGAUCAAGGAAGGGAGUUAUUCCUGCAGGGGAAACUAGAGGAAGCUGAAAACUUCUUCCUCUCUGCUUUACAAGAAGCUAAAGAAGGUUUUGGGGUGAAGGAUCCACAUGUUGCAUCUUCAUGCAAUAAUCUGGCAGAACUAUAUAGAGUUAAAAAGUUAUUUGAUAAAGCAGAACCGUUGUAUUUGGAGGCCAUUAACAUACUGCAGGAAUCAUUUGGACCUGAAGAUAUACGGGUGGGGGCCACAUUGCACAAUCUUGGGCAAUUUUAUGUCAUGCGUAAAAAAUUGGAAGAUGCUCGAAUAUGCUAUGAGCGUGCUUUAAAGAUAAAGAGGCGUGUUCUGGGAGAUGGCCAUACAGACUAUGCAGAUACAAUGUAUCAUCUUGGAAUGGUGCUCUAUCUCCAGGGAAAAAUUAAGGACUCUGAGGCCCUUAUUCAAGAUUCUGUUAGAAUCCUAGAGGAUGGUGGUCUUGGGGAAUCAACUAUAUACAUUCGGAGACUAAGAUAUCUUGCUCAGAUAUAUUUAAAGUCAAAUCAACCUGCAGAGGCUGAGAAUGCACACAGAAAGAUUCUACACGUCAUGGAAUUUUCAAAGGGAUGGAAUUCUUUGGACACUGUAAUUGCAGCUGAAGAUCUGGCCUUGACUCUGCAGUCAGUUGGGAGAUUAAGGGAAGCACAAGAGCUUCUCCAAAGGUGUCUUGAUGUCCGAAAAUCCUUACUUCCAGAAGACCAUAUUCAGAUCAGUGCCAACUUGCUUCACAUGGCCAGGGUGACAUUGCUCAGUUCUGGUCAACUAAAGAAGAAGGAUGCUUAUGAAGCAAUUUCUGAGCUUGAUAAAGCAAAAGAUCUUUUAGGCAAUUCAAUCAGGAUAGCACAGCAUGUUGUGGAUAAGUUAAAAGAAAAAGGCAACUUGAAAAACCAUAGAGCAUCUGGAGAAACUGAAAAGGAAAGGCAUGCAGCAUUGGUCAUACUGUUGCAGUCCCUUGAUACUCUUGGGCUUUUGGAGAUUACCAAGCAUGAAUUACUCGAGUCAAGGGGGGAGCAUCAACCAUUCCUCGAGGCUGAAAAUGUACUUCGCCAAUGCAUUUCUGCUUUCAAAGAGCUUCCACCCGAGGGUUCCAUAUCUAAAUCUGCUGCAGUAAAGGUGGAGUAUCUUUCAUGUUUAAAGCAUCUCUCUAGCCUGAUAAGUGAUAGCAGUAACAGGAUGCAACAAUCUACCACAACCACUUUGCAAGAACUAAAUGAGGAAAUCAAGCGGGUCAAAAUCGAACUCUCCCAAAGUCGGAAGAGUAAAAACCAAUCCAGCAGUUGAUUUUAGCCGGGCCAUCAUUUGAGUCCCAAUAGGGUGGUGUUCUUAGUAUCCCUGAAGUUGCGAGCUCCAGAUGUCAAUGCACUUUCUGUUUUCACAAGUGAGGAUUUAUAUAUGAUCAAAGAUCCUCUGCAUAGUGCUGGUUAUUCUUUUUGUUAAUUUAUUUUCCCUUUGGUCUCAAAACUCUUCUCUGAUAGGUCAAAUACCAAAUUCCCUUUCAAUGAGAAUUAGGACUUCAAUUUCAAGGCUUUGCAGGAUUUCUUACAAUGGAAAAGAGCAAUAUAGUGUGUAUGUAUGUAAGAUGAGAUAUUUUACUGCAAUCAUUUGUUUUAAAUCCAGUAAUAAUGGCUGCUGCUAUACGUUUGUUUCAUUCAAAUAAUGAAAAGUUUUCUUUUCCAUAGACUGUUAACAAUGGGAAAGGAAAAAAAAUGUAUAGCUUAUGAUGUGGUUUAAUUUGUUAUCAUUGUUCUCUGACAUUGAAUAUUGUUGUUAUUUUGGUUUUAUAUUUUUUGAAAGAAAGGCCAUUGGUUA